UUCUGCUGUCCAUACUUACUGUCUUCAGUUUGGUCUCUUUCCACUCCUCUCCCAUGGCUCCAAUUCAAAACAUCUGAUGAUGGCCUGUGUGUUGAUCCAUGACUGAGCCACAGCAUUCCCCUGGGGGAGAUGAGGAAGCAGUUGGUCCUGCUCUCAGUGGCACCGUGGAGAAGCAGGAUCCUGCGGCACAGGCGGUGCGGCCUGGCAGUGCGCGGAUUGAGCUGCUGUCAUUGACCGAUGAGGACCUUCCUGCUGUUGAGACCCUGCCCGCUGUCAAAGGCAUCUUUAGUGGACCAGCCCCGGAUCCUCCCGCAGAUGCUGAUGCUGCCACAGAAGCCCAGAAUCCAGCAGAAGACAGCCUCGGGCAAACCCCCAGCUCGACUGGUCCUGCCAUGCCCAUCACAAAAGUCCAGCCAUUUUUAGAUGAAAAUGAGCAGGCAGAGGAGAAGACGCUGCGGGGCCGCCUGCUGGCGCACCGGGUCGAGCUGCUCAUCGGGGCCUGUCUGCUGCUGGCGCUCUGCCUGGCCGUCGGCAUCGGGGUGGGAGUGGGUCUCAGCUGCACAGGGAAGUUUCGCUGUGGCUCCUCAUCCAGGUGCAUCAGCAGCUCUGCACAGUGUGAUGGUGCUGUGGACUGCGAGCAUGGAGAGGAUGAGCUUCUCUGUGUUCGUCUGAGCGGGAAGAGCUCUGUGCUGCAAGUGCUGAGUGGGGGGGUGUGGAGGACUGUGUGCUCUGAGGACUGGACCCCCACUCUGGGCCUCUCCGCUUGCAGGCAGCUGGGCUACCCUAGGUACGUGGAGUCCAAUUCUCUCCCACUUUUCUCCAUUGAGGAGGACCUCCAGAGCCAUCUGGUGUCCAUUAACCCCAGUCAGUUGAGUCCCCAGCAGGCCAUCAAGAUCCACAAUGCCACUGGCAUCAGUAAGACUCACUGCAGUUCAGUGACCGCACUCAAAUGUUUGGAUUGCGGCUACCGGCCUAGCUACAGUUCGCGCAUUGUGGGUGGAAACCUGUCUGCUGAAGGCCAGUUCCCCUGGCAGGUGAGCCUGCACUUCCAGAGGGAGCAUCUGUGUGGAGGUUCCAUUGUGGCCCCACGGUGGGUCCUCACAGCCGCACACUGCGUCUAUGGAUUUGCAUACCCGACACUGUGGGCUGUGGUGGUCGGGAUGAUGGAGCAGCCUGUGAACGGGGCACAGUACCUCUCAGUGGAGAAGAUUUUCUACCACGGCCGCUACCGGCCCAAGGGCCUGGAUUAUGACAUCGCCCUCUUGAAACUGGUCAAGCCACUCAUCUUCAAUGGAGUGGUUGAGCCAAUCUGCCUGCCUAACUUUGGGGAGGAGUUUGAGGAUGGCAAGAUGUGCUGGAUCUCAGGCUGGGGGGCCACAGAGGAUGGGGGUGAGGCUAGCAUCUCACUGCACUCUGCAAGUGUGCCAUUGCUUUCCAACAAAGCGUGCAGCCAGCCUGGUGUCUACCAGGGUUUCAUCUCUCCCUGGAUGAUCUGCGCUGGCUACCUGGAGGGGGGCAUCGACUCCUGCCAGGGGGACAGCGGAGGCCCCCUGGCCUGUGAGGACUCGUCGGUGUGGAAACUGGUGGGGGUCACAAGCUGGGGUCAAGGCUGCGCGGAGCGAAACAAGCCUGGAGUGUACACCCGCAUCAGCCAGGCCCUGACCUGGAUCCAUGAGCAGAUGGAGAGAGAAGAGGCUUUGAAUCCUGCAAUAGUCAGUACUGACCACUGAAGAGAUGGUCUCACAGGCACAUUUUUCUAUGGUUAUGUCUAUAAACUCAUUCUGUACUUCUCCAUUAGUCCUGGUACUUUUGUCAUGUAACUAAAAAGACUGAUGUGAUGCUGUUUUUUACUUCCUGAUUAUUUAUUAGCUAACCAGUGGAA